UGCUGCCCGCUGCUCCCCGCUGCUGCCCUCCCUCCCGGUGCAGCAGCCACCAUGACAGCCAUCGCCGCCGCUUCUUUCUUCUCCAACGCCUGCAGGUUCGGCGGCUGCGGCCUCAGCUUCGACUCUCUGGCCGAGCUCAUCGCGCACAUCGAGGAGAGCCACAUCGACUCUGACCCUCGUCUCCUGGAGAAGCAGGAGCAGCAGCAGCCGACAUAUGUUGCCCUCAGCUACGUCAACAGGUUCAUGACUGAUGCUGCACGGCGAGAACACGAGAGCCUGAAGAAGAAGGUUCAGCCCAAACUGUCUCUGUCCCUGACAGGAAGUCUGAGUCGCAGCAGCGUUUCUACUCCUCCUCGCCACUCCAGCGGGAACCUCACGCCUCCAGUCACCCCACCCAUCACACCGUCCUCCUCCUUCCGCAGCAGCACACCCACAGGUAGUGAGUGUGAUGAGGAGGAGGUGGACUUUGAGGAGUCUGACAGCGACGAGUCGUGGACCACGGAGAGCGCCAUCAGCUCCGAGUCCAUCCUCAGCUCCAUGUGCAUGAACGGAGGAGACGAGAAGCCUUUCGCUUGCCCCGUGCCGGGCUGCAAGAAGAGAUACAAGAAUGUCAACGGGAUCAAGUAUCACGCCAAGAACGGCCACCGAACCCAGAUCCGGGUGCGUAAACCCUUCAAGUGCCGGUGUGGGAAGAGCUACAAAACGUCUCAGGGUCUCCGCCACCACACCAUCAACUUCCACCCGCCCAUCUCCACCGACAUCCUCCGCAAGAUGCAGCAGUAGAGACGGAGAGAGAAGAGCUCUCCACCAUCUGAACUCCUCCAUCACCAGCAGUGGCUGUUCCUCCCCCCGCUCUCCCUCCCCCCUCUUUCUAUCUCUCUUUUAGCCACUUUGGUAUGACACUAUUUUUGAUUGCAUGAUAUAAAUGUGUUAUUAUUCAUCCUUAACUUUUAUUCUGAAUGUUGAAUCUUUAUGUAGUUCACAGUUUUGUAUUUUGCACAUUUAAGCUAUCAUUUAUCUAUUUGACUUUUAUUUUCAACAUAUGGUGCUCGUUGGUGACGAGGGCUGGUUGUAGACUAGAGACGGCCUCACCGAGUCACGAGUCGCCGUGCAUGCACAGCAGGACGUCCUGCUGUAGAAGCUGAGGAAAGACUGGGAUG